CUUCUCUCUCUCACAAACCCACGAUUCCCCCUUCUAGAUAUGUCUUCUAAUCGUCGAAUAAACACAAAUCCUUCUAGACAAACAAGUUCAAAUCAACCAACCGAAAAUUUAACUCCUCCUACGGAAACAACAGUACGGAACAAAGACAAGUAUAAAUGGUCGUACAUUCAGGAAAAAACAUUAAUUCAAUUGUUCGACGAAGCAAUUGCGAUGAAUAAUUAUACUCUUAAGAAUCCUACUGCUAUCGGUAGAGAGUAUAUGGUAGAAAAAUUUAACCAAGCAUUCAACAUGAAUAUAACUUAUGGAUUCUUCAAAAACAAACUUGAUGAAUUCAAAAAAAGUUACAAGAGGUGGAAGGUUCUUACGCAUAAAACCGGAAUCACGGUUGAUCAUGAUACAUCCAUGAUAUAUGCAUCUGACUCAUGGUGGAAGGAUCAAAAGUUUGGAUGCAAAGUAACAAAAAGCUUGAACCGAAAGCCACCUCAAUUUUGGGAUGUGAUGCAACGAUGUUUCAUAUUACAUGAUGUUCAAUCAUAAUCUCAACACUCUGCUAGACAAAGAAGAUAACAGUUGAUGAACGAGCAUGCAAAUGAUGAAGAGGAUCAUGAUGAUUCAGACAGCGAUAGUGGUGACGUUCCACCUCAAA